GGGGCUGUUGGUGGCUGGCGGCCGCGCGGCGCGAGCGGGCGGCUCCUGGGCGGGCGCGCGCAGGGAUGCUCUGGGGGGCGGCAGCGGCGGCGGCCGAGUGGGCUGAGGCGGCGAGGACAGCGCGGGCCUGCGGGCCUGUCUCCUGAGGCGGCCGCCCGCACCGCCGAGGCCCCUUCAGCUUCUGCUUCCUUGAGCCCCGGGGCCGGGGCCCGCCCUCGCCUCCUGCCUUCGGAGGCCGGGGAGCCCCUGCCUGGGCCCGCAGCCGCCCCACCGGGGGUCGGGCCCGGGUGGGGGCCUGGCGCCGCUGCUCUGGUCGCCGGCCUCCGAAACCCCGUUUCCUGCUUUUCCAGUUUCCUUGGGGAGGGGCCGGUGGGGCUGCAUGAAUUGUCGCGGAGAGUCCCCAAUGAGGAGGACCGGGGGUCCCUGCUCUUUUUAGAGGGUCCCCGCGGGCCCGGGUGGGACAGGGGUUGCUUUUGCUUGGGGCGGGAGACUUCCCGAGCCUGCCGGGACCAUGACCUGAACUGUCGGAGAAGGACGCUUCGGAAGCCCGGGAGCCAGCUCACCUGAGCCGCCUCACCCCCGGCCAGCAUGGCAUCAGAAGAAGCCUCCCUCAGGGCAUUGGAGAGUCUGAUGACAGAAUUUUUCCAUGAUUGUACCACCAAUGAAAGAAAACGUGAAAUAGAAGAGCUGCUUAAUAAUUUUGCCCAGCAAGUAGGAGCCUGGAGAUUCUGCCUGUACUUUCUCUCCAGCACUAGGAAUGACUAUGUAAUGAUGUACAGUUUAACGGUUUUUGAGAAUCUGAUCAAUAAAAUGUGGCUUGGGGUCCCAUCUCAGGAUAAGAUGGAAAUCCGUGGCUGUCUGCCCAAACUCCUUUUGGCUCACCAUAAAACCUUACCUUACUUUAUCCGGAAUAAACUUUGCAAAGUUAUUGUUGAUAUUGGACGUCAAGAUUGGCCCAUGUUCUACCAUGACUUUUUUACUAACAUUUUACAGUUGAUUCAGACCCCUGUGACCACCCCUCUUGGGCUGAUCAUGCUGAAGACGACCUCAGAAGAAUUAGCUUGUCCCCGUGAGGACCUCAGUGUGGCUCGGAAGGAGGAGCUGCGGAAACUGCUGCUGGACCAGGUGCAGACUGUGCUCGGGCUCCUGACAGGUAUCUUGGAGACUGUUUGGGACAAACACAGUGUUACUGCUGCCACCCCACCACCAUCCCCGACUUCAGGAGAAAGUGGUGACUUACUAAGUAACCUGUUGCAGAGUCCUAGCUCAGCCAAAUUAUUGAAUCAGCCUAUCCCCAUCCUCGAUGUGGAGAGUGAGUAUAUCUGUUCUCUGGCCUUGGAGUGUCUGGCCCAUCUCUUCAGUUGGAUUCCUCUUUCUGCCAGCAUCACCCCAUCCCUCCUCACCACCAUCUUCCACUUUGCACGCUUUGGCUGUGACAUCCGGGCCAGAAAGAUGGCAUCAGUGAAUGGCAGCAACCAGAACUGUGUCUUGGGACAGGAGCGUGGCCGGCUUGGUGUGCUGGCCAUGUCAUGCAUCAAUGAACUCAUGUCCAAAAACUGUGUGCCUAUGGAAUUUGAGGAGUAUUUGCUGCGUAUGUUCCAGCAAACCUUCUACCUCCUGCAGAAGAUCACCAGGGAUAACAAUGCCCACACGGUGAAGAGCAGGCUAGAAGAGCUCGAUGAGAGCUAUAUUGAGAAGUUUACUGACUUUUUGCGGCUCUUUGUGAGUGUUCAUCUAAGGAGAAUCGAAUCUUACUCCCAGUUCCCUGUGCUGGAGUUUCUGACGCUGCUCUUUAAGUACACAUUUCAUCAGCCUACUCAUGAAGGUUACUUCUCUUGUUUGGACAUCUGGACACUCUUUUUGGACUAUCUGACAAGUAAAAUUAAAAGUCGUCUUGGAGACAAGGAAGCAGUUCUUAACAGGUACGAAGAUGCCCUGAUCCUCUUGCUCACAGAAGUGUUGAAUCGUAUCCAAUUCAGAUACAACCAGGCCCAGCUGGAGGAGUUGGAUGAUGAGACUCUGGAUGAUGAUCAGCAGACAGAGUGGCAGCGGUACUUACGCCAGAGCCUGGAGGUGGUGGCCAAGGUGAUGGAGCUUCUUCCCACGCACGCCUUCUCAACUCUGUUUCCAGUUCUUCAGGACAACUUAGAAGUUUAUUUGGGAUUACAACAGUUUGUGGUUACUUCAGGGUCAGGACAUAGGCUGAACAUCACCGCGGAAAAUGACUGCCGGCGCCUGCACUGCUCCCUGAGAGACUUGAGCUCCCUGCUGCAGGCUGUGGGCCGCUUGGCCGAGUACUUCAUUGGGGACGUGUUUGCUGCUCGCUUUAAUGACGCUCUUACAGUUGUGGAGAGGUUGGUUAAAGUCACUCUGUAUGGAUCUCAGAUAAAACUAUACAACAUUGAAACAGCCGUGCCAUCAGUGUUGAAACCUGACCUCAUUGAUGUGCAUGCCCAGUCGCUAGCUGCCCUCCAGGCCUACUCGCACUGGCUAGCGCAGUACUGUAGUGAAGCCCAUCGACAGAACACGCAGCAGUUUGUGACACUCAUUUCCACCACCAUGGAUGCAAUCACACCCCUGAUCAACAACAAGGUCCAAGACAAGUUGCUGUUAUCUGCCUGCCACUUACUAGUCUCACUGGCCACCACUGUGCGGCCUGUCUUUCUGAUCAGCAUCCCUGCAGUGCAAAAGGUGUUCAACAGGAUUACUGAUGCCUCUGCCCAGCGGCUUGCUGAUAAGGCUCAAGUGUUGGUGUGCCGGGCACUCUCUAACAUCUUGCUGCUCCCAUGGCCAAAUCUCCCUGAGAGUGAGCAGCAGUGGCCUGUGCGCUCCAUCAGCCACACCAGCCUCAUCUCUGCCCUGUCCCGGGACUAUCGCAACCUGAAGCCCAAUGCUGUUGCCCCACAGAGAAAGAUGCCCCUGGAUGACACCAAAGUGAUCAUCCACCAGACACUCAGUGUCUUGGAAGAUAUUGUGGAGAACAUCUCUGGGGAGGCCACAAAGUCUCGGCAGAUCUGCUACCAGUCACUGCAGGAGUCUGUUCAGGUCUCUCUGGCCCUCUUUCCAGCUUUCAUCCAUCAGUCAGAUGUGACUGAUGAGAUGCUGAGCUUCUUCCUCACUCUGUUCCGAGGCCUUAGAGUACAGAUGGGCGUACCUUUCACUGAACAGAUCAUACAGACCUUCCUCAAUAUGUUUACCAGAGAGCAGCUGGCUGAAAGCAUCCUCCAUGAAGGCAGCACUGGCUGCCGAGUAGUGGAGAAGUUCCUGAAGAUUCUGCAGGUAGUGGUGCAGGAGCCUGGCCAGGUGUUCAAGCCAUUUCUCCCAAGCAUCAUCGCCCUGUGCAUGGAGCAGGUGUACCCCAUCAUAGCUGAGCGCCCUUCCCCUGAUGUGAAGGCAGAGUUAUUUGAGCUCCUCUUCCGCACUCUCCAUCACAACUGGCGAUACUUCUUCAAGUCCACGGUCCUGGCUAGUGUGCAGAGGGGCAUUGCUGAGGAACAGAUGGAGAAUGAGCCCCAGUUCAGUGCCAUCAUGCAGGCUUUUGGACAGUCCUUUCUCCAGCCUGAUAUCCACCUUUUCAAGCAAAAUCUCUUCUACUUGGAGACCCUCAAUACCAAACAGAAGCUGUACCACAAGAAGAUCUUCCGGACGACCAUGCUGUUCCAGUUUGUGAACGUGCUGCUCCAGGUCCUGGUCCAUAAGUCCCAUGACCUUCUGCAAGAGGAGAUUGCCAUUGCCAUUUACAACAUGGCCUCCGUUGACUUCGAUGGCUUCUUUGCAGCCUUCCUUCCAGAGUUCCUGACCAGCUGUGAUGGUGUGGAUGCCAACCAGAAAAAUGUGCUGGGGCGGAAUUUCAAGAUGGAUCGGGACCUGCCUUCAUUCACCCAGAAUGUGCACAGGCUGGUCAACGACCUGCGCUACUACCGGCUCUGCAAUGACAGCCUGCCACCGGGCACCGUGAAGCUCUAGGUUCACCGGCACUGCCUGCCACACCACGGCCCACCCAGCAUGGAGCCCCAGACAAGUCUCGCCAUUCCUUGGAGUCUGUGCCCUGAGCAGCGUGGCCAGCCUCCACCCUCCUGUCGCCACCCAGCAGAGCUGGCUCACCAUGUUAGCACUGGUGGAGCCCUAGGGUAUCGGGAGCAGGCCAAGGCCCAUGUGCCAAGGGGCCCAGGCGGCACCUGGAAGUCCCACGGGUAGUCCAUGCAGAUCAUGUGCAUAUCAGUCAUGGGGCAGAACCGCCAAGGACCACUUGUGACAGUGCCACCUUCUCACCAUUCCACCUCUGCCUCCCCUCCCUGGCUGAGCGAGCUGAGGAGAGACCAACUGACUGACCAGAACGAACCGUCUCUGUCGAGCAUCCCACCCCUCCAAAUGCCUUGAAGUCUCUGCUCUGCCAGAGACUCGCAAAGACUUGUUUUGUUGUUGUCGUUUUCUCAUCAUUCCAUUGUGAUACUAAGAAACUGAGAAGCCUAAUGGAAAAAUAAAGUGCUUACGUCGUUGUUAUA